AUGUCGUCCCCCAAUUCGACCCUGCGACACAGGGGACCAAAAGAGAAAAAUAAAGCUGUAGUUAGCGGGGACAAGGAUGAUGCGGUUUUGAAUGACGCACUCCAGAAUGCGCAGAAGAGUGUGUUCAACGAAUGGGAGUACAAGCUGGCGCUGGGGAUAAUCACCACCCUUGCAUUCGUAACCCGGUUCUUUGGCAUCAGCCAUCCAAAUGAAGUCGUGUUCGACGAAGUGCACUUUGGAAAGUUCGCAUCCUACUACCUGCAGCGCACUUAUUUCUUCGACGUCCACCCUCCCUUUGGAAAGCUCCUCUUUGCCUUUGUGGGCUGGCUCGUUGGCUAUGAUGGACAUUUCCUGUUUGACAACAUUGGCGAAUCCUACAUCACGAACAACGUCCCCUACCUUGCAUUCAGAGCAUUGCCUGCGUUCCUCGGAGCCCUGACCGUGGUGGUCGUCUACCUGAUCAUGUGGGAAUCCGGGUACUCGCUCCCGGCGUGUGUCUUAGCUGCUGGGCUGGUUCUCUUUGACAACUCCCACGUGGGCCAAACUCGGUUGAUUCUGCUGGACGCAACUCUGGUCUUCUUCGUCUCACUCAGUAUCUAUUGCUACGUUCGCUUCUACAAGCAGCGGCACGAGCCUUUUGGCAGGAAGUGGUGGAAGUGGCUCCUAUUGUGUGGCUUCUGCAUGAGUUGUGUCAUCUCCACCAAAUACGUCGGUGCUUUUACCUUCUUCACCAUUGGAUGUGCAGUGCUCAUCGACUUGUGGGAUCUGCUCGACAUCAACCGAAAAGGAGGCGCCCUGGAUCUUUUCACUUUCGGGAAGCAUUUCGUGGCCCGCGCGCUCGGCUUGAUCAUCAUACCUUUCUUCUUUUACCUCUUCUGGUUCCAGGUUCAUUUCGCCAUUCUGACCAGGUCCGGUCCAGGCGACGACUUCAUGACGCCCGAAUUCCAGGAAACUCUCAGCGACAACUUGAUGCAUCAAGCGUCCGUCGACAUCCAAUACUACGACUACAUCACUCUCCGCCACAAAGACACCAAGGUCUAUCUGCACAGUCACCCGGAUAAGUACCCUCUGAGAUACGACGACGGCCGAAUCUCGAGUCAAGGUCAACAAGUCACGGGCUACCCCUUCAACGACACCAACAACGAAUGGCAGAUCCUGCCCAACGGCCACAUCCCCGAUCCAUCCAUGAGCGGAAAACCAGUUUUGAAUGGCGACAUUGUCAAGCUCCGACACGUCGUGACCAACACCAUGCUUCUGACCCACGACGUCGCAUCCCCCUAUUUUCCCACCAACCAAGAAUUCACUACCGUCCCGCUCGAGGUCGCCUCUGGGGACCGGCACAACGACACCCUGUUCGAGAUCCGAAUGGAACAGGGGAAAAAAGGGUCCCCCUUCAAGACCAUGUCCGGCCAAUUCAAACUGAUCCACUACCCGACAAAAGUCGCCAUGUGGACGCACACCACUCCGCUACCGGAUUGGGCAUUCAAACAGGCCGAGAUCAAUGGGAACAAAAACGCACAACAGUCCUCCAAUAUCUGGUACGUGGACGACAUCCCCAGCCUCCCCGAGGAUUCGCCACGGCGCGAGAAGGAGGUGAAGAAGACCAAAUCCCUGCCCUUUUACAGAAAGUACAUUGAACUGCAGCGCGCCAUGUUUUACCACAACAACGCGCUCACGGCUUCGCACCCGUACGCCACGCUGCCUUACCAGUGGCCGUUUUUGUUGAGGGGGGUCAGCUUCUGGACGCAGGACUCGACCAAGCAGCAGAUUUAUUUCCUGGGAAAUCCCAUCGGGUACUGGAUCGCGAGUGCUCUGUUGGCUGUCUUUGCCGGCAUUAUGGGUGCGGAUCAACUGAGUCUGAGGAGAGGGAUUGAUGCACUUGAUCGUCGUACUCGCUCCCGCCUGUAUAACUCGACAGGCUUCUUCUUCCUCUGCUGGGCCGCCCACUAUUUCCCCUUCUACCUCAUGGGCCGUCAACUGUUCCUGCACCACUAUCUGCCCGCCCACCUCGCCUCAUGUCUCGUGACCGGCGCCCUCGUUGAAUUCAUAUUCAACGUCGACCCCGUCGUUGACGACGAGACCCACCACGCCGUGCAACAGAAGAAAGACAAAGUCACCGGCAAAGUCAUCCCGGAGAAGUCGAGAAAACACUUCCAGACCGCGGCCGAGCGACUCAAGGGCCAGAGCAUGCUGGGCACCUGGAUCGCCACGGCCGUCAUUCUAGCCGCCGUCCUGUACGGGUUUUACUUCUUCUUCCCCCUGACGUACGGCUGGCCGGGCUUGACUCCCGCGCAAGUGAAUGCCCGCAAGUGGCUCGGGUACGACUUGCAUUUCGCAAAGUGA